AUUCAAGCUUCUCUUCCCAUACGCGCAUCUCUCUCUUUCUCAUCUCUUUCUCUCUCCACUGCAUAGUUUUCUUCACUCGAAUUCGUCAGCCUUUCUCUCUCCUCUGCUCUGCUGCUGAGUGAUGGGUCUGAGCCCUCGUUACUCUUACACUUCCCACAUCAACAUUAUGCUCACCACCACCUUCUUUCGUCACAAGCCUUAAAAGAAACUUUCAGCGACUGCUCACGAGUUUUUCCUGUGCCUGACAAACGUAGAUAAUGUUCCUCUGAGAAUUUCGCCAUAAAAAUUUCAAUCUUUUUCAGUGAAAAGCCAUGGAGGUCUACGAUGAUUCUCGCAUCUCAAAUGCUUUGUUAAAGAAUGAAAGGCUUCCUUGCACUUCUGAAGUUCUUGAUUCUCUCUGGGUUCAAAAUUCUUCCCCUUCUUUUCAUGCCUCUGCAUCCAUGGUGAACUUUGCAAAUGUCCAAGGAGAAACCAAAACUGAGAGGCCAUUCCUCCCACAGAUAGAUACCAAAGCAGAGAAUUGCAAUGAGGGCGCCCUUGACGGAUGCAGCUUCCACCACCCGGAGAAGAAACGGCGGCUCACCCCGAAUCAAGUUCAGUUUCUUGAGAAGAGUUUCGAUGAGGAGAACAAGCUUGAACCUGAGAGGAAGCUUCAACUUGCUAAAGAACUCGGUUUGCAGCCUCGACAGGUUGCAAUUUGGUUCCAAAACCGACGAGCCCGGUACAAGACCAAGCUGCUGGAGAAAGAAUUUGACUCCUUGAAAUCGAGCUACGAUAGGCUAAAGGCCGAUUACGACACCCUUUACAAAGAGAAUGAGAAAUUGAAAACUGAGGUUAAUUCGCUGGCGGAGAAGUCGCGUUUGAGAGACAAUGGGAAGCCGAAGACGGAACAAUGUGAUGAUCCCAUUAGUCCAUUGGAUUUACAGCCAAAUAAGCCAAUUUGCUCCCAGAAUGCUGCACAGACGGUGGCCUCCAAGCAGGAAGACGCAGCGAGCUCGGCCAAGAGCGAUGUAUUCGACUCGGAUAGCCCGCAUUAUACCGACGGGAAUCAUUCAGCAGCAUUAGAGCCUGCAGAUUCUUCACAUGUGUUUGAGCCAGAUGCUUCUGAUUUCUCUCAAGAUGAAGAUGAUAGCUUUAACAGGAGCUGCCUUAUGCCCUCAUUGAGCUUCCAAAACUGGAAGUUGAAUGCUUUGAUGAUCUACAGCCGAACUCGUGCAAUUUGGGAUUCCCUGUUCAGGAUCAAGGGACAUGGUUCUGGCAGUAUUGAGUUGAGAGGAUCAGGAUUGGAUGUAGGAGGGAUUUUUGGUUCUUGCAUGUUGAUGUUGUUGUGUUGAUGCCACGGUCUGAUCUUGUUGUGUAAAUUAAGGUUUGAGGAUCAAUAAUGAAAGGUUUCUUGUUUUCUUGCAAGAAGAUGUUGGAAUGGAAUUGCCCUUUUCUUGAA